AGCAGUUACAGUAAUGGGGAAAUUUAUGCCCUACUAUUUAUUAACCUACUGCUCUUAGCUUAUUAUUCAAGAAUCAAAUUAAGUGCGUCGGGAAUAAGUGUUUGAUUUGAAAAUGACCAGCAAUGCUGUGAAUAAUCGAUGCGAGAACUGUUUGGAAUUACAGCGCUCGCUAGUCAAGACUUUGGGCGAAAAACGAUCGUUGCUAUUAAGGUUACAGAAGGAACAAUCGAGAGUUAGAAAACUGUUGAGAGAAGCUGAAAAGGGAAAGAAAAGAGAUGGGGAGGAGCCGUCAAACUCAAGGGAUGAUUCUAGAUCUGUUUCAGGUGAAAGCGGUGGAGAAUGUCUGGAAUGGCAACUGAACGAGGUUAUGGAAGUCAACAAGAAGUGGAAAGAAGACUACGAUGCUAUGAAGAUAAAAUAUCAGACAGAGAAUGAAAUGCUUCAAAAGGAACUGGAUUUGACCAAAGAAAAACUUGCAAAUUCAGAAACACAGGUCCUUGCUCUGGGAACUGAAGUUUCAAGGCUUGCUGCUACUUUAAAUGAACUGUAUCAAGGACAGAAACCUUCACCGCAGUCACCAUUCCUAGAUCUGAAUGAUUUUGAAGUAUUUAAACAACAGAUACAAGCGUAUGAGGAAGAUUUCUCAAAUGAGAGGAGAGACAGAGAAAGAGCACAAGGUGAAAAAGAUAACCUUCAGCAGCAGCUUUUAGAUGCUCAAGACCUCAUUGCCACAUUGACACAAGAGCUUGCAAUCUACAAAAGUCAGCUAAAUGAAUGCCGACAGGAAACAAGUGGACUACGUCGCCAUAGUUCAGAUCCUUCAUUGUUCAUGUCUAGCCCUCAGUUACAGAUUGUCUACCCUGCAAGUAGCUCAAUGUCGCCCUCUCAGUGGCAGCGAAGACAGGAACAGCUAAAAAGGGGUAUUCUCACAAGAGGUGGAGGCCACCCCAGUUUGUUCUAUGGAGGAGAUGUAGAAGUGGACAAACACAGGACUUGAUUGACUUUCUUGGCUUUCUUACUGUUGCUGUAACAAGGAACUAGAACAAAGCAUCUAUAUUUAUUAUCAUUAGUAAUGUUACUGUUAUUAUCAAUUAUUAUAGUUGAUUCUCAUCAGUUAUCAUUUGUGUUCAGUAUCGUUUAUAUUCAUGUCAGAUGUGUUCCCUGUAAAAUACAGAAGGAUUAACUUUUUAAUGAUUUCACUAAAUUUGGGUUUCAUAUAUUUUCCUCCCAUUAGUGAUAAGUAAAAAAUAUAUAUAUAUAUAAAUUAGGCUUCUACAUAUGGUUUUGAUACAAUAUCAAAUGGUCAGGUACCAGUAAUAAUUACUAGGAAAAUAUGGAUCAAUGCUAGUAUCUGAUCAACUUCACACCUACCCCUCCCUGAACCCAACAACAAUCAACUGAUAACAAGUUAGGGUUCAUGUUAGGUUAGGGGAGGGGAAGGUGUGUAGUUGAUCAGAUACUGACCUUGACCAAAAAAUAAUAUCCUAAUGUGUGGAAGUAAAAUCAGAUUAUCAAAAUCAGCCAACAGAAGAACAGAUCCCAAAUUUGUGUUGUACUUCUUAAAGUGGUUGCUGAGAUUUUAGAUUAUGGGAGUAUUUUGUUUGAAUGAAGAGUUAAAUCAUUUGCAUUUCUCAUUUACGGCAGCCUUUCGUAUUUUAUAUUCCAAGUGACUUAAUGUUCUUUAUAAGUUAUUUAUUGAUAUACUGAUUAGUGAAUUACUUAGGAAAUGUAAACCUACAGCUGUAGAAAAUACCCCCAAACAACCUUGUUUGUGAGUGGUAAUAAGGUUCAUUUAUAUUAUGGCACAUAGGCAUCAUAUAAGCUGAUGUAAAUAGUGUGCCAGACUAAUGUAUGCUAAAAUAUAUGAGGUUAAAAUUCAGUAUUAGUCAGAGUACUUUUCGAUUGAGUCUCAUAAACCUAAACCAAAGUAAUUGCAAGGACUGAUCAGGAGAAAGGAGAAUUCCUUUCAAUGUUAAACUGGUGUAACUGUGAAAAGUGAGGAAAGUGCCAGUGACCAAAUCACAGUUGAUUUCAGUUUUGCAUCUUAUCGGUUGUAACAGUGGAGUGAGUUUUCUGGACCAAGCAAUCCGGGAUUACUUUCAACACUUAUUGAAAAUUUCUCUAAUAAUUUAGUUGUAAGGAUAAUUUUCAAAUCAUGAACAUGAUUAAAACUAGGAAUGAAUUAGAAAUUUCUCCUUAAGCAAAAAUUUAUGCUUAAGAUUUAUGUGGAGAAGCAUGGUUUCUGGCAUUUUUUUUUUUUUUUUUUUUUUUUUCAGUUCAAUGAUUGCAUUAGGAUGCAAAAUCAAAUACAAAUCUGACAAGACAAUUAGUAAUGUUGUAGAGCAUGUACAAUUACAAUACUUAGUUACAUGUAGAAAUAAACCCUUUAACUCCCAAAGAUGAUUAACAUGUAACAUCUCCCCAUAAUAUCCUUACAUUAUCCACUGGAUAGAUAAUCAGAAUACUCCAACUUCUCAAGUAGAAUUUGUUAUCUUGAUUUAACACAAAAUCCUUGUAACUAACUUACAAGGAAAUGUGUCUCUGGUAGAGGUAGAAUGGCAGAAUUGCACUUGUGUAUUAAGAGUAAAAUUAAAAUGGGCUCGCUUUCAUUUGUUAUGUGCUGGGAGAAUUUAAAAGAACCUGAUACAUAACAAGAUGUUACUGUUAGGCCUCAUAGGAAUAACAGAAUUUUUCUUGUCCUCAGUUCUACCUAUCUAUUUGCUAGCUUAUUUUUAGUUUUGGUUAAAAUAGGGAGACACUUGUUCCAUAGAGGUUAGCAACACUUGAAAACAAGUAGAGAUAGAUGGAUUGGGAAGAGUAGUAGAUGUUACCUCUGGCAUUGACCUAACAAAGAUUUCAAAUAUUUGUGACAAGCAUGAGACAUGGUGAUGUCCUUCUUAAAAAGUUAUCACUUUUCUGUUGAUUUUAGCCCUUUUUUGUUAACAGAGUGAAGGACCUUGUAAAACAGCUUGAAACGACAGAGUUCAUAAGGGGUCAAGUGAUACCUGGAAUGUAAAUUGAAGGAAUUUUAUGCUUUCAUAUUUUGAUCUUGGAAGUCAGGGAAUAUGCCAAGACAAAGGUAAUUAAUUUUUCUGGUAAAGUAAGAAAUACCUUGAUUGAAAAAUUAUUUUUGACAUUUUGAGAGAGGGUCUUGAUUGUAGGUCAUGGCAAAAAAAGAAAAAAAUCUGUAAAAAUCUGUAAAAGGUUGUGGAAAGUUGUUAUCAUAUAUUCAAAAGAAUUAAAACAUUGAAUAAUAUUCAUGUUCAAGGGUUGCAAAGCCAUCUACAUUGGAUAAAGUAAGAGUGUUUGUUUCAAACAGUUUUGUUGCUAUAGAAAAUUAAUAGCAAUAUGAUGAUAUUCAUCAGCAAGUAAGUUAUUUACAACUUGUCUCUACUUAUAAUCUUAGAUAUUUGCAUGUGUAAUUUUCAUUUAUUAAUUCAAAUAAAAGAGGGUAUACAUCAAGUA